GUUUGAAGCUGUAAUACAUAUAAAGUAUCGUUCGCGGGCAAAGACCGAGUAUCUUCUCGAACCUCGGUUGAAAAGGACGUAACUGGAGGCCUUCCUCCGUGUUCGCUGUAUCUAAGUGUAUUCCGAAAUUAUGCUACUCCAUAGUACGCGCCAAACGGCGCUGCAUCGGGGCGGCCACCAAAUUCCCGCGCCUGAGGCCUUCCGCGCACCCAAAGCAGCCCGCAGCUCCAAGUCUUCAUCAGGCUGUCUUAAUGCACGUCUUCGGGGAUCCCGGGGCUCGUCGGCUGUUCACUCAGCCGCGGGAGAGCAAAUCGACGUAGUCGGCCUUGGGAACCUUUGCGUCGACGCUGUGUUGCCGCUGCCGGAGCUGCCGCCUCCGGAUAAGGAGCUGCGGCGCCAACUGCUUGGCACACUCACCGCAUCGCCGCCGCCCCGCUCCUCAUGGGAGGUGGGCGGCAACUGCAACUUCAUGGUGGCUGCGGCGCGGCUGGGGCUUGCUACGGCCAGUGUGGGCCACAUCGGCACAGACAUUUACGGCAACUUUAUGGACGAGGUGCUGCGGGAAGAGGGCGUGCAGGCCACCACCCGCAUCGCCCCCACCUCCACCAGCAGUAGCGGCAACGGCACCAGCAACGGCAACGGACACGGCGCCAGCAAGGGCAACGGCAGCAGCGCCCCGGCUAUAGGCGGCGGCAGUCUGGACAGCACCCUAAUCUGCUUUGUGCUGGUGGACCCGCAGUCGCGACACGCCUUCUGUAGCCGCUACGACUUCGGGCCCUGGCCGCUGCUGGACGGGAUAAGCGAGCUGCCGGAGCGGGCGCAGGCGGUGCUGCGCUCCUCUCGCGCCAUCUUCACCAACGGCUUCAUCUUUGACGAGCUGCCGCUGCAGGCGGUGCAGGCGUGUGUGCUGGACGCCAUCAGCCAGGGGGCAGCCAUCUUUUUCGAUCCAGGCCCGCGCUGCCAGACCAUGCUUGAGGGCCCCCGGCGUGCGGCGCUGGACCUGCUGCUGGACCUGAGCUGCGUGGUGCUCAUGACCGAGGAGGAGGCGCACGUGGUGACGGGGCUGCAGGACGCGGAGGAGGCCGCCAAGUGGGUGCUGGCCCGGCCCAACGCACGAGCACAGUGGGUGGUGGUGAAGAUGGGCGCCAACGGUGCGGUGCUGUGCACGCGAGGCGACGCGGGCAGUCACACGGGGUCGGCGGCCGCGCCCACCACCACGUACAUGGGCGCUGUCAAGGUGGAUGUGGUGGACACGGUGGGCUGCGGCGACUCGUUCGCGGCCGCCAUCGUGAUGGGCUUCAUCAACGGCUGGGCGCCGGACGUCACACUGGGACUGGCCAACGCGGUGGGCGGCGCGACCGCCACGGGCCGGGGCGCGGGACGCAACGUGGCGCGGCCGGAGACUGUGCUGCGGCUGCUGGGCGAGGGCGCAGCGGGCGGCGUCAAUGCAGAGCAGCGGGCGGCGUUUGCCCAGGCCAAGGGUCUGCUGCUGCAGCAGCUGGCCAAGGCGCAGGGGCGCGGGCUGGCUCAGGGACAGCUGAGCGCGGCGGCGUGAGGGGUGUGGAGGUGGAGAAGCGUGACUGUGUUAUGUGCUGUAGGUGUUGUAGGUUUUCGCACAAAAGCUUGAGGAAGAUGUGUGCGCGCACGCGCAUCAUGGUGGCGAGGGCCCACACCAAGCACGGUACAGUGGCAAGUGAGCGCACACGUGCCGCGGGAACUCAACGGACGACCGCUUGGUGUGGCUCUGUUGGCGCCGUGCUACAAUAGAAUGCAUGGGUGGUUCUUACACUUUGCGGUCAUGGGCUGUGUCAUUAAUUGUGUGGUUCUCAGCUGCUGUAGUUGGAAAUUGGCGGUGGAAUGAGGGUUGAGCGCGAGAGGCACGUCCAAUGUCGUGCAUUCCUAAGGCGCUGUGGACGUCAGCGAACAAUGUGGAUUGGAUGCCUGGACUCUGGAGAAGACUGGAGGGGCGUGCAGAGGGCUGUAUGGGAUAACUCGGGCAAUCAGGGGCACGUCUGUGGGCAAUACGGUGGUUAUUGCAGUGAGCAUGUGCCGUAAGGCUUCCAUUGGCUUGUAAUCCUACCUGGACAAUUGGGCGAAGCCGUCACCAGCCUGCCACACCGCCUGCCACACCGCGUCUCAACACCCAACAAUUGCAUGAUAACCGGAGGCCCGGGCCGGGGUGACCCUUGUAAAGCAAAUGAUAA